AUGUCACAGAAUGGUCACCCUGCAAUUCUAUUCUUCGAUGUCUUGGGGACAAUUGUGGAAUGGAGAUUUUGCAUCGCCAAGCAACUGAAUGCCGCAGCUCAAGAGAUCCUUCAGGAUCAAACUCGAUCUCUAAGUGCAGAUGUGCGAAAACGCGUCUCUGACAUGUCUACUUCAAGUUGGAGGGAGAUUUCCGAGGAGUGGCAUCACGCAUAUAUGAACUUCGGAGACAAUUACGAUACAUCUCAGCCCUUUGUCUCAGUAGAUGAACACAACCGUCUAUCCUUGGAAAAUAUUCUUACGAAACGGCGUCUCCGGGAUUUAUUCAAUGACGACGAUCUCCAAAAUUUAACACUCGCUUGGCAUCGACUUGACUCAUACUCUGACAGUGUCCCCGGCCUUGCGCUGCUGAACACUAAAUUCCCGACGUCUACAUUAUCAAACGGCAAUGUGAAGUUACUUGAGGAUCUACAGAAACACAAUUCCUUGCCCUUCAAGCAUCUUACCAGUGCCGAGCAUUUUGGCGCUUACAAGCCAUUUGGGGUUGAGAAUUCGCAAUGCUGUCUUGUUGCGGCCCAUCUUGAGGACUUGCAGGCUGCUAAGAAAUGUGGGUUUCAGACGAUUUAUCUGGAGAGAGAGUUGGAAGAGGCUUGGGAUAGUGAAGGCGUUGCACGGGCUAGAGAAGAUGAGGUUGUUGAUCAUUGGAUCGGAGUUGGAGGGUUAGGUCUUAUUGAAGUUGCGAAAUACUUCGAUAUCUCGGAGGAAUAG